GGCGGCGUCAAAUACAUCUGCAACGUCUGCAGCAACGACAUCACCGCGACGGUCCGCAUCCGCUGCGCCUCGAAAUCAUGUCCUGACUACGACCUCUGCGUCACAUGUUUCGCGCAGGGCCAGUCCAACCUCCACCACGAUCCGAAGUCGCACCCUUACCAGGUCAUCGAGCCGCAUAGCAUACCCAUCUUUGACGAGGGCUGGGGCGCGGAUGAAGAGUUGUUGUUGUUGGAGGGUGCGGAGCAGUAUGGACUGGGCAGCUUUGCGGAUAUCGCGGAUCAUAUUGGUGGGUAUAGGGAAAAGGAUGAGGUGAGAGAUCAUUAUGUGCAGACGUAUAUCCAGUCGAGGAAUUUUCCCUUGCCAGAACGGGCGAGUCCGAAGGAUGUCAGUUUGAGUGAGGAGGUCCCGAGGGAGGAAUUUCAGCAGAGGAAGAAGAGGAGGAUUGAGGAGAGGAAGCAGGCGAUUGCGGAUAGUGCGCAGACGGCACCGACGAUUGCGAAACCGACGAGUUCGGUGCCAUCUUGCCACGAGGUGGCGGGAUACAUGCCGGGACGAUUGGAGUUCGAGACGGAAUACUUCAACGAAGCGGAGGAAGCGGUGCAGCAUAUGCAGUUCUCCCCCGAAGAGGGUCUCAACCCUGCGACCGGCUCUUUCGACCCGGAAACCGACCUCAAAAUGGUCGUCAUGACAGUCUACAACGACCGCCUCACUCAACGCACCGACCGAAAACGAGUAAUCUUCAACCACAACCUCCUCGACUACCGCAAAAACCUCGCCAUCGACAAAAAACGCACCAAAGAACAACGCGACCUGCACACCAAACUCAAACCCUUCGCCCGCAUCAUGUCCCACCCGGACUUCAUCUCCUUCUCCACCGACAUCGAAAGCGAACAAAACCUCCGCCAAGCCAUUUCCCAACUCCAAGAAUGGCGCCGCAUGCGCAUCUCAACCCUCACAGGAGGGGAAAAAUACGAACUCGAAAAAUCCGCCCGCACCGCCCGCAACGCCCCUCUACCGGGACAAUUCGACCGUCUCACCAACUCCAUCCGUCCGAAACCGAAUUCCUCCCAUCCUAAUGCCCAGCCGGAAGUCGCCGAAGACGUCCUAAAAUACACAACCGACACCGCCCUGCCCGUCCGUCUCUACCCCUCCCCUCCCGCUCACCCUGUCCCUCCCCCAACCUCCCCCUCAACCCGGACCUCCCUCCAACCAAUCCCCACCAUCACCCCCCUCCACUGGGACGAAGAGUCCGCCCCCGACUGGCAACUCCUCAUGCCGGAAGAACGAGAUCUGUGCUCGAAAAUCCGACUCCACCCGAAAGCGUACUUUGUCAUCAAAGAUAAUAUUUUAAGGGUGGCGAUGCAGAAUGAAGGGAAAUUGAAGAAGAAGAAUGUCCGGGAGAUCAGCAGGAUUGAUACGACCAAGGGGGGGAGGGUGUUUGAGUUUUUUGUGGAGAUGGGGUGGUUGGGGAAUGCG